AUGAGUAUGUAAAAAACUCCUGAGAAACAAGAAUUAAGUUAAGCUUUACUCUUAUCUAUAAGUUAAUAUUCAUGGGAUAAAUAAAUUAGAUUAACAACGGAUGAGGAUGUAUUAUGUAGUUAUAGUAAAUUGUCAAAUGAUUAAGGAAGUUAUUUAGAAACAAAGAAAGAUUAAGGAAAUGUAUUCAUUAAAAAAUGCAAUCAAGUUUAAAUUGAUGAUGUUUAAGAUCAAGAACAUAAAUAAUUAUUAUAAAUGUUGAAAGAAAAAGAUAAGAGAAUAGAACAAUUAGAGCAUUAUUAAGUAUGGUUAUAAGAAUAGAAUGAGAAUUUGAAAUUAAAUUAGCAAAUGAUGAUUGAAGAUUAAUCAAUGAAUUAAUUGCAAACAAAUUCAGCAUCAAAAUAACAUUUAUUAAAAAUAGAAGAUCUAGAAUUCUAGAUUAAUUAAUCAGAACAACAAUACCAUAAGAGUUUAAAAAGUCUUGGAUAAUUCGAAAAAGAAAAUUCUACUCUAAAAACUAAAAUAUUUGAAUAUGAGCAAAAGCUAUUUUAAUAACAACAUCAAUAAAAAGUAGCUGAAUCAAUUAAUGAGUAAUCAAAGAUAAAAUAUGAAGAAUAACAUUAAAUAAAUUAAACCAAAAUUUAUGAGUUACAAUAAUACAUACAAAACCAAGAAUCUUAUAUAAAUAAAUUAUAACAUGAUGUAACUCAUUACUACUAUAGUUUUUAGGUCUAAUUAUCAAGAAAGAAUUCUAAGGAAAACAUUAGUAAAUAAUACAAGUCUGUUGUGUUAAGAGAGAAAUCUCCUCAAUUGAAUUAGUAUGACCAACAUUAGAUCAAUAAAUUUGUUGAAUGUAUUGUCGAUAUGGUGAUGAACUGUACAUUGAGUCAAGCUUAAGUUAAACCAAGUUUGAAAGAAUGUUGGAAAUGGCUUAAAAAUAUAUUAGAAGAAUACAUGAUAUUGAAAAAGCAAAUCCUUUAAGAUACCAAUAAAACUCAUUCUACUAAAUCCAGUUAAUUUGUAGGAAGGGAAAUCAAUGGAGAGAGAAAAAGAGAUCACAGUUUUUUUAAUGACUUAAAUAGGAGAUUUUAGACAUCUGUUGAAGAUUCUGAGAACAAAUAUUUAAGAUCUAACACUCUUUUAAGUAGAGUUCAAAAAUGA